UAUAUGGCCUUUCAAUCUCUGUAUAAAAUAUUGAACUGUUGGAUUGAAGUAAGCGGAAGCCAUAACAAUAUUAACAUAACAGUAACAUUUCAAAGCCGUGACCGCAAAGUAUAGAUUUCGAAGAUGUGUACGGUUUCGCGAUAUGGGUAAUUUGAAAGUGAAAUCACUUCCCACUUUUUCUGUUCCAUAUCGUCCAAUUAAUCCACUUUUCCCAUCAUCGACGCCUAUUACACGAGAAGACCAAGAGACAACGCAAGAAGAAGAAGAAGCUGAAGAAGAAGAGACGAAUCCAGUGACCCAGUUGUGUGGGUGGACGUUGUCGUUGGCUGCGCGCUCUCUUUGUUCGAGUCUCGACUCAUCUCUCGAAGUAGGUUAGUGCAACCAGCGGUGGGGACCAGACUUCGGAGAGUGUCUCUCGGAGCGUUCGACUCGACGACGAUCAGUCUCCAUCCGUCGUUCUUCAAGUGUACACGUUGCCGAUGGAACUCGCACUAGCGUAUCGGUAGGCAUGUGAUCGGUGUCGGCGCCGUAGACUUGCCAUGAGCCCCGCUUCCGCAGGCAAUCUAGAAGUAGAACGAUACAUCGGGGCCUGUUUAAUUUCGCAAAACCGCGCUAAAACUAAACCGACGCGUCAAGAUCAUUUUGUGUCGAACUCUAAUAGGGAUGUAGUGCCCGAUGUUUAUCACAAGCAACACGUGAAUUUCCGUUUGCAGAGAUGUCACUCGGUCGAAGGUUGGGCCGGAGGAGUGCCACUGAUCUCCUUCGCUCAACAUCAGAGAAAGAACCACAAAAACGAUCAGGAAGACCCCGGCUCCUUGGCUAGAUUGGCUGUGCAUACCCAAGGGGCACCCUUAAUUCUCACAAAAAGUUUUAACCACAGAAAGAACAAGGUAAACAGAAAUAAUGGUACGACGAAAGUUUUCGAAAACUCUAAUAACAAGAAGAAUAAUAACAAGUGUCAGAAUAGUGCGGACGCUGUGAGCGUUACCAGUGACGAAAGUUCGGGAUCGGCGAAUUCUGAGACGUGUUUGCCGCGGAUCAUCAAGCCGCGUAAAAGACGAAAAAAAGACAGGAAGCCUCCUCUGCUGGGAAGACCCUUAAGUCAGGAUGGUUUCUCGACUGAUAGCGCCAGUCCAGAAAUUGACAACACACAGUCAAACUAUUUAUCUCUAAGUCCGUUUAAUAUAUUUAAUUUCAACCCAUACGGCACUCUGAUAUUCCCAGAUUCCGCUAAGCUUGUCGAUCAGCUGCACAUACUGAGCGACAUUAGUGAGACUCCCAAACUCCACCAUUCCUUCGAGGACAUCGAAGAACUCGAUGACGGUAAAGAUAUUAAUGGCAACCAACCCACAAGCACGUGUCAGUGUCGCUAUUGCGACCCGAGCGGGCAAAUUUGGGACGUGGAUCGCGAGUGUUAUUCUCCGUUUUUAACGCCACCAACCAAAUCUUUCCAAUUUCCGACACUCAAUCUUGAAGAUAUUUCUUAUACAUCUCCACUAUCCAUGAGUUGCUUGGAACACAGCUUAUCUUCAAUAUCCCUGGAGAAUGAAGGUCGUAAUAAGAAAACUCCGACUUCGAGGUCGUCCAGUUCGUCGUCUUGCAGAGACCUGGAGGUGUCGACGGAAAUUGUAACCUCUUUGAAUGGUCAUCGGGAUAUCGAAAUCAAGUUCUUUUCGAUGCCAAGUAGUAAUGUUGACAGUGUCAAGUCUGGUGAGUCGAGGAAGUGUGUUCCAGAUAAUGAACUCAGUUUAGCGUACGAAGAAUGAGUCUAUGAGAUAACUACUACACGUAUGAUUUUUAAAUGUAAAUUUUUUUAUUAGAUUGAAGUUUUUAGAUAUAGUGUUCUAUUUCAACGAUUAGAUUUUUGUCAAUCGUUUUAAUUUAUUAACUGACAUUGGAAUAUCAAAUAUUUUGCUUCUUGGUGUCAUUUACCUUGUAUAAAUUUGUAGCCCAGCGUUUAACGAAAAUCUAAUCAUUGAAAAGUUUGUACAUAACAGUUUUUUCAUUCAAAAAACUGAUAAAAAUUCCAAUCUAAGAAAAUAUAUGAUGAGAUACAAAUACCUAACCUAAUUUUUAAGCUACGCAACUUGGUAUAAUUUUCAAAAAGUUUGUAUUUGUUAUAAACAUGACAGUACAGUUUGGAGUUUAAAUUAAUGUCUUUUACGGUAACUUCAAUUUUGGCGAAGGAAUAAAAUCAGUCACCUAAAUUUAAACUAAUUUAAGGUAAUUUAUUCAUUUGAAAAAUAUUAUUUUCUAUUUUUGGAAAAAACAUUUUCUAAAAAAGUAUAUGGCUACUAAGUACCUACCCUUUUUUUAAUCAAAAUAAAAUAUUGUGCUUUGACAAAAAAAAAUAUUGUAUUCAAUUUUCAAUUUGGUUAUAUAGGUACAUCAUCACAUUUGAGUUAUUCAAAAUAAGUUUUUGAUUCUGAUAAUUUUGUCAAUUUUUAAUAAAAAAUUUCUUAUCGAGAUUAGAUAAAUUUAAGAUAAUUAUUAUAUAAAUUGAUGAACUCAAACGGUGCAAAUUGGUUGUUUUUACUGGUAUUUUUUUCGAUUUAUCUCAAAUAGAAAAGUGCGAUAAUUUAGUGUUCUAUCAUGACAUUUUAUUUUAUGACUAACUAAAUUAACCGAUUUUUAUGACUCAAUGAAUAGAAUUAUCUAAGUAAUAAUUACAAAAAAAUUUUAUUCGCUCAAAUGCCGAUUCAUGUAAUAAAAAAAGUUAAUAGUCAUAACUCUUUAAACGGUAAUUUCCUUAAUUAUACACUUGAUAUAUUUUUAUUUUUGGACUUUUAAUGUUUUAAAGAAUCAAUUUUUCAAAGUGACUUUCGUAGAAAAUUAUAUCAAUAAUAAAAUAAUAGAAAUUUUUAUUAAAGUUGUGUAAUAUAAUAUAUUUGUUA